AUGCAUGAUGGGUCAUUUCUACUUUCACCAAUUGUUAAUAAGGGCACAGACUGUAGUGAAAGUGAAGAUGACAGUAAUAAUGGAAUGGUGUUUAGUUGUUCAGAUUAUGAUACACAUGAAUUAGAAAAUGUUGUUACUAAAAAAAAGAGGAAUAUAACUGAUGGUUUGCAAGAUUAUAAGGAGAUUGUUAAGGGUAUGGCCUUCAAGGACAUACCUGAAGCAAAACAGUUUUGUAAACUUUAUGCUCUAGCUAAGAAGGUAGAACUAGUUGUGUUGAAGAGUGAUAAAAAAAGAUUGAGGUAUACAUGUGCUGCUGAUGGCUGUCCAUUUUUACUUCUUAUUUAUGGGGAUUUGACCACUCCUGGAGUUAGUGUCAAAACACUUGUAGAUCAUAUAGAGUGUGGAAUAGCAUAUGAUAACUCUUUAGUAGAUUACUCAACAAUAGCCUUGUAUUUCAAGGACAAAUUGCAAAGUGACCCCAAGUACAAAGUCAAAGAAAUAAAGGCUGAUUUACAUAGAGUUUUUGAGUUAAAUGUAAGUGAAGCAAAGUGCAAGAGAGUCAAAAAGGAGAUACUGGAGAGUUUAGAAGGUAGCUUUGUAGACUCUUACAACAAAUUAGAGGGUUAUGCUACUGAAUUGAGAAGUUGUAAUACAGGGUCUGACAUUGUGAUAGAUUUGUCUAAAGAGGCACUAUCUAAUGCUUGGGCUGUGGUAGAUAAAGAGACUAAGAGGACUUGGACAUGGUUUAUGCAACAUUUGCAACAUUCACUUGAACUUCAAAAUGGUGAAGGACUGACAUUCAUAUCAGAUAUGCAGAAGGGGUUGCUUGAAGCAGUAAGGACAAUCUUACCUGAAGCACACCAGAGAUAUUAUGCAAGGCAUAUUGAGGCAAAUUGGUGCAAAAUAUGGGGUAAAUGUGAGCUGAAAAAGUUGCUAUGGUGGGCUGCAUGGUCAUCAUUUACAGAGGAGUUUGAGGACCAACUUCAAGAGAUCAAGGAAGUUAAUGGAGAGGCUGGACAAGAUUUAAUAGACAAGUAUCCUCCCAAAGCAUGGUGCAGAGCCUAUUUAGAUACAAUGUGCAAAAAUCAAGUUGUUGACAAUAACUUUACUGAAUCAUUCAAUGCAUGA